GAUCAGACCAUAAGUCACACCGUGUAUCGCAAAAAGACCCAUACAGAUAGGUACUUAAACGGUGAAUCUCACCACCACCCUAAACAGUUAGCUACCGUGGGAAAAUCUUUGUUUCAGAGAGCACACGGACUCUGUGAUGACAGACACCUUGCCGCUGAGCUUCAACACGUCAAGCAAGUACUGCGAGACAACAAGCUCCAAGUUCCACGGCCCCGUCACAGAAACCGAGUGAAGCCAGCCACAGUUGAUCGUUUGCCUGCUGUACUACCAUACGUCCGAGGAGUCACUGACAAGAUUGGUUACAUCCUGAAGCGAGCUUCAAUUAAAACAUACUUCAAGCCGCCCAAGAAGAUUAGCCAGUCCCUACCAUCUGUCAAGUGUCACAUACCUCUACAAGAUGCAGGAGUAUACAAACUAGAUUGUGACUGCGGCCUCUCUUAUAUCGGUCAAACUAAACGAAGCAUAGGGACCCGCGUAAAAGAACACAUAGCUGACGUCAAACACCGCCGCUCAACGAAGUCUGCAGUCGCCGAACAUGCUGAAGGCUCCAGCCAUUAUAUUAGAUUUGAUCAACCACAGAUCCUCGCUAAAGAAUCCAAAUUCCUACCAAGGAUGUUUCGCGAGGCUAUUGAGAUUAAAAAACACCCUAAUUUCAAUAGAGAAGAUGGCUGGAAGAUAUCACCUACUUGGGACCCAAUAAUACAAAAACUCAAAGCUAAACCCAAGAGCAGCGCUGCAAGACAUCACGACACAGUGAGCUCA